AUGGCAGCCUUCUUGGAUCUGUCCAUUUGUGGUUUUACGGAAAUGAUUCCAUUGCAGGAGCGCCGACUUGCGUCUUCGGAUGCGUUUGCAAAUGCAGAACUACCUUCAAAGAACUCCAACUUCGUCCUCGACGGGACCAACUCUGACCUCGCGACGCAGCUCUAUUAUCGAGACAAAGCAGGAGACACCGCGGAUCAGUUCGACAAGUUCGAGGUACCAAAAACUCUCCAGACCCGCCUUAAUGAGCUUAAACUAGACUGGUACAAACUGCCUGGUAUCGCUCAACGAGCGCUGCUGUGGGAUUCCGGCUUUGCCAUCACCUCAGCCAAUAAACCCGUGAAGAUCUGGACGCUGAAUGGCCACUCCAUGGCCGAUCUUGCUGUUCCACGAUCUGAGUUUGAAGAUGUUGGAUGCACUGUGAAAGUCUGUGAACAACCGAAUAAUAAGACCUCUUUAAGCAACAAUAAGUGCCUUGGAGGCGACAUGCUCAAGGCUGCCAGGUGCGUCAUCGAAGAUUUCGUUGAUAGCAUUGAUAUCCACGCCGCCAUGUGGGUCACGGGUGGAAAUCCUGACGUCGUCCCAACUCCCCGAGUGAACAAACAUGCGUGGAAUGACAGUAACGACCACAAAGACUAUGUCGUGUUCGCUAUUCACACGGUCGAUUUGAUCGGCGAGCCCGCGUGGAACCAAUGUGCCAAGGCAGAUCAAAACGAUGGAUAUGGAUCGCUGGUGUUACCAUGCCACACGACUGAAAACAUUACUGCUGAAAUCGACAGCGCAAAACGAGAGGCUACUGGUACUGACUGGGUUUCUCGUUGGCUCGUUGAAGACUAUUCAUCAAUUGCCGGAACCAGUCCUGACAAUGGGAAAUUGAACGUACUGCUUAUUGUGUCGAUUGCUGCUGGAGUUCUCGUUGUCAUCGGGAUAGGUGGACUCUUUUUCUUCUGUAAGAGGAGACGACAAGCCAAAAAGGAUCUGGAUUACUGUGAAGAAUCACCAGUAUGUACAAACAACUACUAUCAAGGCAUCAGAGAUCCCGACUUCUUAGAUGACGUCUCCAUCCCUGAUAGAUCUAUAGCCCAUACCGUUGUGGAUUCGGAAACUGCAACAUACAAAGCCGUUGACAGAACCAUCAAACUCAAGCCCUUCUACACUGGAGAGUUCGACUCGGGGUCCAAUCGCACACUAAACAUUCUUCACAACAGCGAGUUUCUAGUCGGAAAGCGUUUAUCGUACGACAGUAUCAUCUUCAAGCAAGCUCUAUCUAAAGGAGCAAACGGAGAAGUGUGGCUCUGUGAGUACCAAAACGAGCAAGUCGCUGUCAAACGUCUCUUUCAAGACCAGAAUCACCAUGCAGACGAAGUGGAGGAGUUCGCACAAGAGAUUGAGCUCAGCGCCAGCUUGAAACAUCCCAACAUCGUGUCGUUUAUUGGGAUGGCUUGGAAUUCGCUCAAUAAUUUGGUUAUGGUGCUCGAGUAUUUCCCGAUGGGGGAUCUGCAGUCGUAUCUACAGAAGAAUGGCGACUUGAUGUCCUGGUCCAGGGACAAAAUCCACAUCGCUGUGGGGACAGCCAGUGCGUUGCAGUAUCUGCACUCAAGGACACCGCCGCUCAUCCACCGGGAUCUGAAGUCGAAGAAUAUCCUUCUAACGCGAGCACUAGAGGCAAAACUGAUCGACUUCGGUGUCAGUCGAGCUCGACAGGAGUAUUCCAUGACCGCCGGAGUUGGUACGCCAUACUGGACUGCACCAGAAAUUUUGGAAGGCAAGCGAUAUACUGAGCAGGCAGAUAUUUAUUCAUUUGGGGUGGUGCUGUCCGAGUUGGAUACGUGUAAAUUACCAUACCAUGACGUGGUGGGCUCAGAUGGGAAGAUGCUCAAGCCAGUUCAGAUUUUGGCAGACGUGAUGGCAGGGAUGUUGCGUCCAAGCUUUUCCGAUGAAUGUCCGCGGCGUAUCCGUCGUAUAGGUGUAGCUUGUUGCCAGCAGGAUCCUUCAAGACGGCCAAAUGCUGCUCAGGUCGUAACCAUGCUGACAGUAGCAGAUUAA